AUGCCAGACCUCAACGCAACAACAUCCUCCGCUCGUCCUCAACAAUGGCGCAAUACCCCUCACGAAUCCUCAGAUGAAAUUCCCUCUCUUCCACCCUUCUAUUCACCCCGCCCAAUACCCGUCUCUCGCGAAAUAUCUGAACUUGACUUGACUCAAUUAGAUAUAUCCAAUCUUUCGCUCAGCCAUCCUGUACGCUCUCAAUUGGAAUCUCCUAAUGGAACUUCAUCACAACGUUCAGAUCACAAUGAAUCGUUACCCGACCUCGUCUCACCCGCCUUCACACCCCCUUCCACACCCGGCACAUCUACACCUAUAUCUCUCGCGCAUCGUCCUGCGAGAUCAGUACCUGUAGAUUCGAGUACACCGACUGGGGGAUGUGGAUCCAGAAAGCCAAAGUUGUUAGAGCAAUUACCAGACGUUAAUUGUAUAGUGCGAGCGCGAAUUCCCACAACCACGGGGGCGGAAAUGUUUUUACAUUUAUACCAAAACAGUGAGGAUAAUAAAGAACAUCUGGCCAUUGUAUUCGGGAACCAAAUACGAAGUCAAAGUCUGGAUGCUGUGCGAAAAGGAGAAACCGAGAUGGAUAGGCUGAUACGUGGCGCAUAUAUGGGAAGAUUAUUCCCAGGUCGGACAACAAGUAGCCUGCCCACUUCAGCGACAAAUGGAAAUAAGCAAGAGGAAAAGAGUCAAGCGCCUUUGGUUAGAAUUCAUUCGGAAUGUUAUACGGGAGAGACUGUUUGGUCUGCAAGAUGUGAUUGCGGGGAGCAAUUGGAUGAGGCGGCAAGAUUAAUGUCUUUACCUACCUCAUCAGGACAAGCCGCUGGCGGGAUUAUAAUUUAUUUACGACAAGAGGGAAGAGGCAUUGGGCUGGGAGAGAAAUUAAAGGCGUAUAACUUGCAGGAUUUGGGAUCAGAUACUGUGGAGGCGAAUUUACUUCUAAGACAUCCGGCAGAUGCUAGAAGUUAUGGAUUAGCCACUGCUAUGCUGAAAGACUUGGGGGUUGACGAAAUCAAACUCUUAACGAACAAUCCAGAUAAGAUACGAGCAGUAGAGGGGCCGAAUAGGGAAGUGGUGGUAAAGGAAAGAGUUGCCAUGGUUCCUUUGGCUUGGAGAGGGAAGACUGGUGGGAUUAGGAGUCAAGAAGUUGGAGGGUAUUUAAAAACCAAGGUCUGUUUUGCUAUGAAGCCUAUGCGUAACGGAUCUGGACUAAUACACAUUUGUUAUAGAUUGAGAAGAUGGGGCAUAUGCUUCAAAUGA